UGCUCACGAUUUCCAAAACUAUGCGGUCACACUGGGAAUUACGAGAUUCGGACAAUCCCACAUUUGACUCAGAUGAUGAUGACGAUGAUGACUUGGAGCUCAGGAGCGUGUUGGAUCGACCUCGCUCUACUCUCUCCGGUAGAGGUCCAGUCAGAGAUGUGGCCCAUAGAUCCCCAAGGCCACCAGUCAAGCCCGAGACAGCAUCCACGCCUUUAAGACCUAAUACACCCGUGAUGAUCUCGUCCGAUGAAAGCGACAGCGAUGAUGAGGAUUUCGGCGAUGCAGAGGCUGCCUAUAACGAAUUCAAGAACAGAAAUCUCGAGCGAAAAAGAAAGCGAAAUACUGCUAGCGCUCGCAAGCCAAGGGUGUCACAGGUGGACUCAUUCGUCGGUCUCUGCCACAAGGAAGACGUGUUGUCACGGAAGAGACAGCGGUUGAGAGGCUAUGGAGAAGACGUAUCUUCCGAUGAUGACGGAAUGGAGUACACACUACCUGAUUACUUGCAGAGACGUCGGGUCCAGUUUGACAGGAGAGCGGAGCUUCUGAAGGAGUCCGGAUUGAACCUACCACCCAACUACGACGAUGUGGAAUUCUCCGACGAUGAACGCCUGGAGUUCUUAGCAGAAAAACCCAUAUUCAGUAAUAUCAAUCCCUGUCAGGAAUACAAGGAUAUUACCCUUCCUUACUCUCUUGGUCUCAUCCCAGCGCCCAUUGCUCAGUGGUUGCGCCAAUAUCAGGUUGACGGAGCCGCUUUCUUGCACGAACUUUUCGUUUAUCAAAAGGGCGGGAUUCUAGGCGAUGACAUGGGUCUAGGGAAGACGGUACAGGUGAUCGCAUUUCUAACCGCUGCGUAUGGGAAGACGGGCGAUGAACGAGAUGCUAAAAGGAUGCGCAAGAUGCGAAGGUCUAACCAAAACAAGUGGUACCCUAGGACGCUGAUUGUCUGUCCUGGGACAUUGAUUCGGAACUGGCAGUCAGAACUCGCGCGUUGGGGCUGGUGGCAAGUCGAAGUCUACCACGGACCGAACAAAGACCAAGCAUUGCUCGCAGCGAAGUCUGGGAGGGUUGAGAUUCUCAUUACAACCUACACCACAUACCGCAAUCAUAGGAGUUCUGUCAACAUGGUAGAAUGGGACUGCGUCAUCGCAGAUGAGUGCCAUGUUAUUAAAGAACGAAAAUCUGAAACCACCAAGGCAAUGAAUGAAGUCAAUGCUCUCUGCAGGAUUGGACUGACGGGUACCGCGAUCCAGAAUAAGUACGAAGAGCUAUGGACGCUUUUGAACUGGACAAAUCCCGGAAAACUGGGCCCGGUGACGACGUGGAAGAGAAUGAUAUCCCAACCACUGAAGAUAGGCCAGUCGCACGAUGCUACGCUUCACCAACUCAGCAAAGCUCGCAAGACGGCUAAGAUGCUAGUUGAGAAUCUCCUGCCUCGAUUUUUCCUCCGACGGAUGAAGUCAUUGAUAGCAGAUCAGCUUCCCAAGAAGAGUGAUCGGGUAAUUUUCUGUCCACUGACCGAGACUCAGGCGGACGCCUAUGAGAAUUUUCUGGACAGUGAGAUGGUCGAUUACAUCAGACACUCUUCCGAUGUUUGUAGCUGCAAUUCAGGGAAGAAAGCGGGCUGGUGCUGCCGACAAUACUUGCCGUCAGGGGGCAGAUGGCAAAGCUAUGUAUUUCCUGCAAUAGCAAACCUCCAGAAGCUCAGCAACCACCUUGCAAUUUUGAUCCCACAGGGAUCAGAUCCAAAGGAGAAACAGGACAAGGACCUUGAGAUGUUGGAGAUUGCGGUGCCAGCCCAAUGGCAGCAACUCUAUCGUACCCGAGACUCAAUCGUCAACUAUGCGAACCCCGAGUUCUGUGGGAAGUGGAAGGUACUCAGGAAGCUGCUCAAAUGGUGGCACGCGAAUGGAGACAAAGUCUUGGUCUUCUCACACAGCGUGCGUCUUUUGAAAAUGCUACAGAUGUUGUUUCAUCACACAAGCUACAACGUUAGUUAUCUGGACGGUUCGAUGAACUACGACGAACGAGCAAAGGUUGUAGAUGAUUACAACUCCGACCCUCAACAGUUUGUCUUUCUCAUAUCCACGAGAGCUGGUGGCAUCGGCUUGAAUAUCACGUCGGCAAACAAAGUCGUCGUGGUAGAUCCCAACUGGAAUCCGUCGCAUGAUCUGCAGGCCCAGGAUCGAGCCUAUCGCAUUGGCCAAUGCAGGGAUGUUGAGGUAUUCCGGCUCAUCUCUGCAGGUACGAUCGAGGAGAUCGUGUAUGCACGGCAAAUCUACAAGCAGCAGCAAGCUAACAUUGGAUACAACGCGAGUUCGGAACGGAGAUAUUUCAAGGGCGUGCAGGAGAAAAAGGAUCAAAAGGGGGAGAUUUUCGGCUUGACGAACCUCUUUGAAUAUCAAAACAACAACGUCGUCUUGCGAGAUAUUGUCAACAAGACCAAUGUCGCCGAGAGCAAGGCCGGAGUCCAGGUCAUGGACAUAGAUGUGGAAGCCAGUCAAGAAGACGACGAUACUGUAACCCUGGCUCGAAGCGGAUCCGUCAGUAGCAAUGGUGAAGGUAAUGAAGAUGCCAUGAGCCAGCUAGCGGCCGCGAUCUGUGGGGAUGCCGACAAUAAAGACUCACUCCAAAACCUAACCGCGGAAGUGACACCCAAAAGACACGAUCCUAUCCAGGCCAUCCUAGCCGGUGCUGGAGUCGAAUACACUCAUCUGAACAAUGAAGUGAUUGGCUCAUCAAAGGUCGAAGAAAGACUGAGCCGGCGGGCUGAACUGGCCGAUUCACAGAUUGAUGACGUCCAGGUCUUCCUCGACUCCCAAGACCAAGCGGGGCUAUCUCCGGGAAUCACAAAUAGUAGUGGUGGGUCCAAGUUCAAGAAAAACGGUAAGCCCAUUUACUUCAAAUAUCAUCCGCCGGCGGAUGUGAUGAAACGGCAAUUCUGUAGCAUGGCCAGACGCUACGGGUUUCCGAAUGCCACCGAAUUCGCGCUUGUUGUCGAGGGCAUGACACAGGCUCAGAGACGAGCCUGUCUUGAGCGCUGGUAUAAAGAGAGACGAGAGCUUCUUCUGAAAUGAGGAUCCAUGUUAACAUUAUAUACGAUCAGGGUUGGUUUAGUGAUGGAGCGGUCGCAGAUUUAGGAUGUUUUGGCAGGUUUGGAUAACAGGUUUUACUACGCGAUACCAAUGGGGCGGAGUACGGAGUACGGGAAACGGACGAAUUGGGCGUGCUACUUCAUUAUAUCAAUAAGAACUGGAGUAUAAUCU